UUAUUUUGUUUCUUUCCUAUAAUCGUAGUUAGAAUUUAUAUAACUGCUUUAGGAUUUGCAAAACUCUUUCUCAUUCAAUCUUCACAAUUAACUUGAGAAACAGGUGAUAUUAUUAGUAUUAUCCCCAUUUUAAUGAGAAAACUUGACACGGUGGGCUUCCGUGACUCGUUCUGGGGAAGCAGCAUUUGAACUCGGGCCCUUUGUAAGUAGCGGUACCUCACUACGCCACUUAGCGGUGGUAUACACCUAGUAUGUAUCUUGCUAAGACUCUCUCACACGCAGCACUACUGCAAGGGUUUUAGAAACCACGACUUCCUCUUUCCAUCAGGAUUAGGGCUUUUCGAGGAGACUGGAAGACCGUAAGGCCGAAAGAUGAUGGCCGUUGGUCGUACUAGACGGUUAGUCUGGAGCGGUUGAGAAUCCCAGCCAGUUCUGCCCCGUCCGACUCUAGGGAUUCUAGUCAGGGGCGGGGCUACAAGGUUAGGAGAGGAGCGGUGAUUGGUUGAAAGGGAGCUUCCGGAGGCUCUUCCGCCUUAGACUAGGACGCUACUGAAUGCUGAUAGGACAGUUUGCUGUCAGGCUGCAGGGUCUGCUGGGAGGUGUAGUUUUUCCCAGCCCCGGAUUCUCGGACCAGAGAAGGCUUCUAUGCAGCGGCCGCCGGCGCCAUGUCCCGGGUGCAAGUGCCCUGUCACAUCAAGGGGGCUGUGGCGCUGCAGGUGGGCGAUGUGCGGACGGUUCAGGGCCGGCCCGGCGUCCUGGUCAUCGAUGUCACCUUCCCCACUGCCGGGCCCAUUGAGUUACAGGAAAUCACCUUUAAGAAUUAUUACACAGCCUUCUUGAGUAUCCGUGUGCGCCAGCCUGGUUCCCCGAACAAAUGGAUUACCUGUUUACGAGACUACUGUUUAAUGCCCAAUCCACAUAAUGAGGAAGGGGCCCAGGACUAUGUGUCCCUAUAUAAGCAUCAGAUGCUGUGUGACAUGGAAAAGGUGCUGGAGCUGCGCCUGAUUCUGCGGCAGCCAUCCCCACUGUGGCUCAACUUCACAUUGGAGGACUUACAGUUUUUUCAGCAUGGACCACAGAGCCCUUCAUCAGCCUUUACCAAGUGGCUCUCCCACCCAGCACCCUAUGAGCAACCAGCUCUCCUCCUUCAGCAAGCCCUCCCUGACCCAGAUAAGGUCUCUUCAGAGGUACAGCAGAUGUGGAUGCUGACUGAGAUGAUCCGAGCCAACCGAACAACAGCUCGUAUUGGCCGCUUUGAUGUGGAUGGCUGUUAUGACUUGAACCUGCUCUCCUACACGUGAACCCUCAAGGUUGUUUGGCCUCCAGAUUUUGUUCAUGACUGAGAUGAUUAUUUUUUAUUCCUGCUGAGGACCAAGGCCAUCUCAAACAAAAGAGGCUCAGUGUCCAUUGUCUGCUCCCAGAAUAUCAUUCUCCUCUUUGCUUCUAGUUGAGGCUGCCAAGACUUCUUGGUAUUGAUAAACAGCUUGAAUGUAAGCUCUGGGUGGAAACUCUCCCGUCCUCUGGCUUCAGCCUGAACUCUUGAGAUGCCAACUUUCCCUCCUUCCCUGCCUCAGCUUCAUCAUAAAAACUCACCAAUGUUAUUUCUUUAGAAGCAAUGUGUGCAUAGUAUUGACACGGUCUGUUCCUUCUAGCCUUUCCCACCCCUGGAUAGUCACAGUCCUGCCUAUGUAUUGCCUUAAUGGUAACUUGUGUCUUCCUAUUAUUUCUGAUCCUGAGCUGAUUUGGGCUUGGGAUAACUUCAUCCUGCCGUAUGACUAUUGUUCACAUACCUGUCAACAGUAUGAGGUCUUUUAAUCAAGAAAGUAUUUUUAAGAGCCUACUGUGUGUCCCACAUUGUGCUAGGUGCCGAAGGAUACAAAGACAGAAGACAAAGACUGCCCACAAAGAGCUUACAUUCUAAUGGAGAAGACAAUAUGUACAUAUAUAUAGGUACAUUAAAAAAAAAAAGACAUAAUUUGAGGUACUUCUCUACCUCUUACCUGGCUCUGGCCUAAGUUUAAACCUGAACUAAAUGUCUUGGUCUUUGGAAGCUUCAGGAAUCUGUCUUAGUCAUGGGAAACUCCAAACAGUAGUCAUUAUCUAAAUUACCGUCCAGAGUAGAUAGAAGGCCCAAAGGUACUUGGGGAGAGAAGCCCCCAUUUCAUCCUUUGAACUGACUACAAUCCUACUCCACCUCCCCAAGAUCCUGCAACCUGUCAAUUACAAACCAUCUCUUUUCCUAGUUAGAAUGUACAAGCCACAGAUUGGAGGAAAGAGAGGAGAAAACUGGAUGGAUUCUCUUAGGAUAGAUUAUUCCCCUCUUCCUCUUUCUUGUUUGUUUCUUCCGGCCCUCUUCCCUCUUCCCCCCUCCCCACUCUGACUUAACCCAGCAGAAGCUGAAUUCAUGCAGAGCCAAGCAGACGCUAUACCUGCUGUAAUCAAAAUUGUAUGUCAUGCCGUCUUGGUACUUGGCUUCAAGAGGGACCAUUUUUGAGUAUUCUACUUAAAAUAGGUAGCCAACUUCCCAAAUGUGAUUUAAUAUAGAUAUAUAAUAUAGAUAUUGCCCCAUUUGUUCUGGUUCCCAGCAAAGUUUAUGACUAAUAAUGCUUCAAUACUUGACAAGAUAUGAAUUAGUCUAUUGAGCUCAGGGACUAAGUUCAGAACAAGUGCUAGCAGCAGAAAGGCGUUCCUACUAAGAAAGUUAAGGGGCCACUGUGUGCAUGCAGGUGGGUAGCAGAAACCUGCCAGAUCUCUUUCCUACUUAAGAAUUGUGGUGGUGCAGCUCCUACUUGGAUAGUGGGCUAAAGACUAGACCAGUACUCUGGUACAAAUUUAAAAAUUGGAAAUUUCUGAUAGCAACUAAAGAGUUAAUUGCUUUGGCUAUCAUUCUCCUGUUUGAAUUAAAGUUUAACUAUUUUCCCCCUAAAUGCCUUCUCCUGACCACAAUCAAAAGUACUGCUUGAUCUCUUUAAAAAGCUAAGUUCCUUUACAUUCCACAGAGGCUUAUUUGUGGAACUAUCACCACAGUCCAGUGACCGGAGCAUUACCCUGGAAGUCAGGGAUGUGUUUAGUUUAUUUUCAGAUAUGGAAGCCAAAGAGAUAGAGAUGCAUUUGGAGUGAGCAGACCACUCCUGUUGUAUGUGCUUGGAUGAGUUGACAAAUUUCUUAAUAAAAUUGAGAACUAUUGUAUCUUAAGCUUACAAGGAUAAGCAAAUCCAUUCCUUCCAUAUGGAAAAGAGGAUUUCAGACUUGCCAGGGUAUCUUCAUUCUGGUCCUUCAAGCAGGCAGGACUCUUUCUGGGUAUUAAUAGAUGAGGAAGCUAUUUCUGAGAGGUUAAGUGAUUUGCUGUCAGUCACACAAUAAGAUGCAGAUUACGGUUUUCAAUCUCAGGUCUUUUGAUUCCAAAUAUAUUGCUUUUCCCACAA